AUGCCUGAUUUCAUCUUUGAUGAUGCUGAUGAUCAGAACUAUAAAUCAAAACACUUGGCAAAACAUUUCCUUUGCAAUAAAAAUGACAUAAGGUGCCUCUCAAAUUCUUGCCAAAUUUCUACAUGCAAUGAUUUUUCAGAAGACAAUUGCCAUUGUUCAGACUCGGUCAUUAAUUUGGACAAAGACUCUGACAGUGUGAAAAAUCCCUGUUUUUCUAAUCCUUGUCAAGGAAAUGACUGUGUGUAAACCCCAGGAGAAAAGAGCUUCCUGUGCAAAUUUCCUCCUGGCUAUAGUGGGACAACCUGUAAAACUGCCACUGGUUCCUGUGGCAUGAACUUCUGCCAACACGGAGGUAUUUGCGGUCAGGAUCCUGUUCAUCCUGUCUGCAACUGCCCUGAUGGACAUGCUGGAAGAGUCUGAGGUGAAUCAUGAUGCGUGUGCUCCAGCCUUUGCCACAAUGGGGCAACACGCCAAGGACUCAAUGGCUACUCCUGCUUCUGUAUCCCAGGUUAUCAAGGCAGGCACUGUGACAUGGAGGUGGAUGAAUGUGUUUCACCCUUACAAGAAUGAGGCUAUAUGCUCAAUGAGCUAGUAAGAUCCAUUUGUAUUUGUCCCCUCGGUUAUUCUGGUAUAAAUUGUGAAUUGGAAGUUGGUGAAUGCUGGUCACAGUCCGGCCUAAAUGGUGCCACUUGUCAGGAUGUGGUGGGGGUUAUCUCUAUGCCUGUGCCCCCGGUUCUGAGAGAUCACUGUGAACUCAACAUUGAUGAGUGUGCCAGUCAGCCUUGUCCCUAUGGAGAGUUGUGUCAGGAUGGAGCUAAUAGAUACAGCUGUGACUGUACAGAUAGUGGAUUCACAGGAGCACACUCUGAGCAUUUGAUGCCUCUAUGCUGGUCAAAACCCUGUCACAGUAAUGCUACAUGUGAAGACAGUGCUGACAAUUACAGGUGUCACUGCUGGCCUGGUUUAUACACAGGUGAGCACUGUGAGAUCAACAUCAAUGAAGGUAGCAGUAGCCGGUCUGCUGGGGAAUGUGUGGAGCUGUUCUUGGAGAAACAAUAUGGGCACAUUGCUAAACUGCCUGCUUCCUUCCGCCACCCAGAGGCCUCGGGUUGUUUAUACUAUCAGCCUGGACUCACACUACUUCACUGUGAGAGACAAGGGUUUGAAUACUCUUCAAACCCUUGUCAAAAUGGUGGUACCUGUGAGAACUUUCCUGAGAAUUACACUGGCCAUUGUCCAUUUGAUCACAGUUCUGGAACAUUUUAUGGACAAAGGGUUUGCUUUCAUAUUCUCCUGGGUUGUACCCAUUGCAAGUGUCUAAAUAAUGGAAUCUGCAUUCCUCACUUCCAAUGUGGCCAACAUGGAUUCAGCUGCCUGUGUCAGCCUGGCUACACUGGGUCCCUGCAUGAGUUUGUUAUCUCCCUUCAGGGCAACGGCUUCCUGCAUGUCCCAAGUGGCUCAGGCACAGCCCAGGGAUCAGUUUGCAAUUUUACCCUCAAUCUUCAGUCUGUAAAGCAAAUGGCACUUCUACUUUUCCAAGGUGACAGGGACAUGUCUACAGUGCUGGAGUUGCUCAGUAGCUCCAUUCACUUAUUGAUUCAAGUCAACAGUAAGUCAAAGGUGCUCCUGUAUAUUUCCCACAACGUCAGCAAAGGAGAAUGGCACUCAGUGGAAGUGACGUUUGAGGAGGCCAUGAGUCUCUUGAAGCUCUUGUGUGGAGAAAUCACAGCUAAAGCUCCUUCUGCGUUUGAACAUGCUCAAUCAAUAUGUGCUUCAUAAAGCCCCUUUCUUGGUGGUUUGCGUGGAAACAGCAGCAAUGAUGCUGCUCUGCUGAACAUCUAUAAUAUACCACCCACACCUUCAUUUGUAGCUAUCCAAGACAUUAGAGUGGACUCGAAUCACAUUACCCUGGAGAACAUUUCACCUGGCUCAUCAUUAAACAUCAAGGCAGGUUGUAUGAGAAAGUAUUAGUGCAAAAGCCACUGUGAGAACAGAGGACGCUGCAUCAACAUGUGGCUUAGAUACCAUUGUGACUGCUACAGGCCCUAUAAACCUAGUCCCUGUCACAAUGGAUGUGCUUGCUGUUCCCUGUGGGAUGACUCUUUGUGUUCUGCAAACACAGCUUGGAAGGCUGGUGAGGACAUGCAGUGCUUUGAGCUCAGCCCAUGUCCCAGAGCCCAGUGCCAAUUGGUACUUCAAGGACUUAAAUGUAGGCAAAGUUCAAUUUUUAAUGCACAAAGUGGUGAAAUACUAUUCAGGAGCAAUGGAAAUAUUACCCGAGAUCUGACCAAUAUCACGUUUGGUUUCAGAACAUGGGAAGCAAACAUGAUGGUAUUGCAUGUGGACAAAGAGCCUGAAUUUCUUAACAUGAAGCCUUUGAGAUUCCAGAUUACUGUAUCAUUGCAAAGACUGAGUAUGACAAGUUUGCAGUCAGGGAGUGACGGUGUAUGACACAUAGUGACCUUUUCCAUGACUGACCCGUUGGCUCAGGCAUCCAAGUGGCACAUGGAAAUGGACAACCAAACACCUCUUGUGACUGCGGUUGCGACUGGAAGCCUCAACUUUUUGAAGGUUCAUACAGAUGUUUAUGUAGGGAGCCAAUCUAUUGACAAUAUGCAGAGCCCACAGGGGUAUCUAAACAAAGAAAUCAGUGGCCUUUAUCUCUCUUACUUUGAAAAUGCUCCUCUUCACGGCUUCACUAAUAAACAGCAGGAAGAGCAGUUUCUCAAAAACUCUAAAAGCGCAGUCAUCACUGGCUGUUUGCAGUUAAACAACUGCAGCGCCUGUUUGCAUGGAGGAAGCUGUGAAGACAUCUAUAGCUCUUCUCAAUGCCCCUGUCCCCAGGGGUGGUCAGGGAGACACUGUGAGCUCAACACUGAUGAAUGUCUUUCAAACCCCUGCGUCCAUGGUGACUGCCCCAAUGGAGCUGCAGCUGGUCACCGCAGAUGUGAGCCUGGACGAAACUCUGCACAACUGCUGGUCACCAGUGGGCCAUCGGGGCAACUCCAAUGGCUGUUCUUACCUCUCUGCCUUGGGAACUUCACAGGAGAAUUUUGCAGACACUCCAGAUUACCCUCGAUGGUCUGUGGGAAUAAGAAGAAUCUCACUUGCUACAAUGGUGGCGAUUGCUCAGAGUUCUGGUCAAGUGAAUUGACAUGUGAGUGCAGGCCAGGUUUCACUGGGAACUGGUGAGUCUCUGACAUUGCUGAGUGUGCCGCUGAUCCCUGUCAGGACUUGCUCAACAAAUUCCAGUGCUUCUGUGACAUGGCCUUUGCUGGCCACCUGCAGGUAGAGGUGAACAGCCUCUCCUUUUGCCUCUCUCCCCUACUCCAGCAGAAUCUCUUUCAGCUUUCUUACCUGUUCUGUGCGAAUGAUGAACCAGGCAUUGAGUGGGGGAAACAGGAAGAUUAUCAGCAGCGAAUAACCGCUCUGAGAAUAAAUAGCACAGCUUUUCUGUCGGUUCCUCCUUUCUCCCGGGAAGCACUUCAGUGCUGCUCAGGGCAGCUCUCACGGCCUCGGAGGGGGGGCCCCCAAGGACCCCAGGGACAGCUUGCCUGGGAAGCAAGCUGGGAUGAAGAGAUGGGCCAGAGCCAAAGCGAAAACCUUACGCUGGGGCCCAAGGUCUCCUCCUUCCUUGGCGGCUGCUGCAGUUCAGCGGGAAGGGGCGGCCGCUGGGACUGGCCGCCUCUGCCCCCAGGUGCGGGUUACUCUGUGCAAGGAGAACCUGAAGCGGCCGCUCUCCAGGACGCCGCGGGCCGUCUAGGGGCUGUUCAGUGCCCUCUCCUCCCCUACGCCCAACUCAAAGCAUCUGUUGACAGGAGUCUUGAUUUCUCCCAGCUCACAGGAUAUGUGGAGUCUGUCAGUGCUUCAGUGCCCCAUAAUGGUGUUUCUAGUUCUGACAAGGCUACAGAGCUACAGCUCCAAUUCCCUUUCCCUACCCACUGCAAGUUGGCAGGUAACUUGACCUCAGACAUCCUCAGCGCCAUUGGCUCAGCGACGUCGGCCUUGUUGACGUUCUUUCUCGCAGUUGUGGCUUCUGCAACCUCCAAAUGGAGAGCAACGCAGGGCACCUACAGCCCCAGCCAGCAGGAAAAGGGGGGCUCUCACGUGGAAAAGUGGAGCGGGCACUACCCCCGAUUUUGGAGAGGGUGGUUUAGCUCUGGUCUUUUGGAGAACAAGAGCCACACGCUGGGAACGUGA